AUGCAGUCCAGCUAUGAGUCGGAGAUGCCGGAUGCUGCUGGUCAGCAUCACCCACAGCACCACCCUCAACCAGAGCCAGAGCCGAAGACAGAGCCUGAGCCAGAUCACCAACACAGCUAUCCUGCCCGCGUCUGCCGCAUCUGCCUAGAGACCGUUUUGCCAACCUUGCAACCGUCUGAGUUUUUACAAAAGCCUCGCGUCGUAUAUCUCUCUGAAGACCCGGAACUAGGUCGCCUGCUUCGCCCAUGCAAAUGCAAAGGCUCCUCGCGUUAUGUCCACGAGGGCUGUCUGCAAACAUGGCGUCACGCUGACCCCCGGUAUGGUCGUCGCAAUUUCUGGCAGUGUCCCACCUGCGGCUUCCAGUACCGCUUGGAACGGUUGACCUGGGCUCGGUGGAUCAGUAGUACGAGCACGCAGAUCUUCCUGACCAUAAUCAUCUUGUUUUUGACCGUUUUCAUCCUUGGUUUUGUUGCUGACCCCAUCAUUGAUUUCUACCUCGGUCCCCUGGAUGAUAUUCCCCUGGACGUUGACAUUGACUUUGACGACGAGAAUGCCUCCUGGCUGGAACAUAUUCUCAAAGGGAUGGCCUCUUUGGGUCUACUCUCGUUCAUUCGGGUCGCUUUCACCAUGUCGCCUUGGUGGGGUGCCCGCAGUAUUGCCGGCGGUCGUUCCACCAAUGGUCGAGAUCGGGUGCGCUCGUUGAACUGGCUUUUUGUUGUGAUGGGAAUCGUCAGCUUCUUAUGGGCUGUGUACAAAGGUGUUCGAUCAUGGACCAAGCGGUCUCUUGAACGCGCUGGCGAACGUGUCAUGGAUGUGCCUCUCCCCGAUGACGAGGAAGAAGAACCUGGGCCAAUGCCCAAUGUAAAGCUCGAUCCAAAUCCAAAUCCAGGACCAGAACCAGAAACAGAACCAGAAACAGAACCUCCCCCCCUCGCCAUUCCACGCCGCAAUGGCGCAUGA